AUGGAGCCGGCCACCAAGAACGAUCUGAAGGACCUGAUGAAGGAACUGCUCAAGGAGCUCAAGGAAGACAUCAAGGAGGCUGUCGCGGAGGCGUUCGGCAACUCGAAGCCGGCGCUCGACCAUGCGUUCACGCCGGCUGCUUCGCAGUUGCUCCCUACCGACGCACCUGCUUCGCCCACGACCACCGUCGACGUCGUCCCCGUGCUCCCUACCUCGUCUGCAAGCGCCAAGCCUGUAGACAUUGACGCCACGGGCAUCGCUGCACCGACGCCCACGACCUGCUCGACGGAUGGCCAUGGCAACGACACUGGUGGGGACGGCUUCAUGGGCGUGUCCGUGUUGGUGCGGGACACAAUUCACCCAUCCUCUGCAUCCCCGGAGGCCUCACCGACCCUGCCAUGCCAGUUGUUUAUCGCCAUCAAGCUUGACACCAAGUACAUCAACUCCUAUGCAGAACCACCACCACGGCUACAAGGAUUGAUAUCAACUAGUCUGUGCAUGAUGAGGGAGUGUAAAUGGCUGUUAUAUGCGCCAUCUCGGCCGCCGGAUCCGUUGUACUCUACUCGAAGACUACUUUCUCCUUGGCAUUCACUUCUACCUGCCUCAGCUCCGAAGCCACCGUGGCUGCUACCUGGACGUGACCUCACAGGAGAAUCUUAUAGCCACAGGCUACCAAGCCGGCGAGGCCUUGUCGUAUGUGAGUUGAUAAUUUGCAAUGGAUUCUCAGAAAAAACUACAGCAACAAAAUCUAAGGUGAUUCAGAGUAAUCUCUCCAGCUCUCCUAAUAGCAUCAAUGUGAAUGGUCUGUUCAAUGUCUAUGUGAUGUGGUGCAUAGAUCGUGGGUUCUUAAGGAUUAAGAAAUGGAGGUUAGAUAUUCAUUGUUCGUGGCUUAUUAGUGGAAGUUUUGAAGCUUCUUUUUGGCCUGAGCAACACAUCACUGGGAAUUAUUUGCAAGUCCUAGUUACAGGCUCACUAUUGCAAUUGUUUUUGUCUGGCUCUACACCCAUAUCCCUUUUGGAAGAUAUCCUAGUACUGUCCUGCAGAUCAAUUGGACUGUCAGUUGAGGAAUUAUCUGAGGCAACUUACUCUCGUGCUAUUUCGUUGUAUGUUGCAUAUCGACAAUGGAUAAUAUCCUGGUUAGAGGGGAGUUUUUGGUUAACUAAGACAUGCUCUUCUUUACAAGAGGAGCGAAUCACCUAUUCCUGUGCAAAGAUUGUCACAACUCGGCUAUUGGUUUCUGCUAAAACUGAAUGUUUGGAUUCCCUGUUGCUUAUUCAUGCAUAUCUUGGAGGGGUUUGUGGGCUCAAAUGGGACAUUCACAUUACACUUGUGCAUGCGACUAAGUGGUCUAGUAGCUUGCACUCUGAGAAGUUAUAUAAUCCAAGUUCCUUUUGGUCUGAAUCAACUCUAUGCAUCAAUCAGUUCAAAGAACUACUCUGCCAUAUGAAUAUUUUCUUGGCUUGUAUGCCUGGUGAACAACCAAUCGUGUUGCUGCCAGACCAUUGGUUUGUGACGGGCAUGGAGCAUUUACAAGUGUUGCAUGGUGCCAGCGGUUUUCCUUGGUACUACUAUCUGGGAACUCUUCAUUACUUGUGCCGUCAUCUUGCAACUAAAGAUACAACAGGGUUCCUUGCAUCUUGCUCGAAUUGGAUGUCGGAGGUCAAGAACUUGGUUAGUUAUGGGGUACAAUUGUACACUGUCAAUGAUUUUUCUGAGUGGCGUCUACGUGGACCUACAACAUGUUACCCUGUUCUGAUUAACUUUUGGGCCAUGGGGACUGGGUACUUUCAAAUUCUACAGCAACUUGGUAAUAUUGAACCGAGGGAGAAUCAAAUAAGCAAAAAUAUAGAUGAGCAGUGGCCUGGUCAGCUAGUGUUCUUAUGCUUGAUCAGUGAUGGUGUGGCUUAUUGUCUUAUGGCUGAUUCACACUCAGUUGGAUUGGUGCUUUCGUCUGUGAUUUUUGAAGUUGUGGUACCACCUGUCGAGUAUGCUCCGAGGCUGCUAUGUAUGCAACCUAUUACUCACAACUUGGCUACUGAUAGCAAAUAAUGUUUGGAUGCAUUAUUGCCUAUUAUACAAUAUAUUGACGAAUUGGCUGAUACUUUGUUCGAUGAGAUUGAGCCGCAGCUUGAUAUGCAUUGGAAGAAAUUUGUUGUUCAUGACAAGCCUACUAUGGCUCCCUCCCAGCCUAGUACAGAGAGACCUGAAGGUGUGAUUACAUCAAUUAUUUUGGUGCCCAUGCGCUUUGAUGGCAAAGCUGCUCAACACUGGAUGAUUCUGUGGGAUCCAGGUGACUGUUUUUUGGGAGCGUGUGCCAUGGAUGACGUGAAUUUCUCUAUUCGUUCCAAGCAAGCUUGUUUUCAAGGAGGGAGGUGUAUCACCAUCCUCGCCACCUUCGUCGACCACAACUACUACCUCGACGCCGUCCUCAACUUGGUUCCUAUCGACAAUGAUGACUACUCUGACCUUGUUCGAGUUAACUCUGGCCACGGCUGCGGUCAUGAAGGCUACUUCCGCCAUCUAGGCAAGCAAGCUUACUACUCCGGUCAAGUCUACACCGACCUCGGCUUCUAUUCUGAAGACUACCAUGGCAACCCUAGCAAGUUCAAGGGACUUCAAGCGCCGUGGGAUCCCGGCAAGUCAGCAUUUCAGUCUUCUCGAGCUUCGGCUUGGGGUCAAGCCGAGUUUCAAGGAGGGAGGGGUGUUAGCAACCCUCCACGGGUGGGCCUUGGGCCGGCAUGAGAGGGCCGGGCCUUGCAUCCAGGCUAUGGAAGACCGUGACUACAAGUACGUGAAGGAGGGAUCGAGCAGGCAUCCAGGAGGGAUCACGAACGAACCGGCGGCGGCACUUCCUCUCCCACCUCUGGCUCUCAACCUUUCCCCUGUUCUUGCUUCUUCCAUUUCAGCACACUUGUGCUUGUACCAGAAGUGUAAUCCGAACCUAUUAGCUACUCAAUCUCACCAUAUCAAACAAUACAGAGAGAUAUC